AUGGAAGAGAGUAUGGCUCACACGGUUUUACUGAAACUUUUAGGAAGAAACAUUGGUUUGAAUGCUCUUACCAAUGAAACCCAUGCUCUGUGGAAGCCGACCAAACCAUUUCAGAAUGUCGAGGAUUACAUCAAGGUCUUGGCUGAGGGUCUUUGGAUUAUUUUUGGGCAAUAUCUCACCGUACAGCCUUGGUCGAUGAACUUUAGCACAUCACAACCUUAUCCAACAGCGGUAAUCGCUUGGAUUCGUUUUCCUGACUUACCAGAGUAUUUGUACAACAAGAAGAUUCUUAGUAAUAUCGGUAGUCUCGUAGGCAAGAUGACUCGAUUAGACUUUCACCGUGACACCAGCCAUAGGCGAAAGUUUGCCAGAGUUGUUGUCUACGUGGAUCUCAUGAGGCCGCUAAUUUCCAAAGUGGUCGUUGGUGAGAAGAUUCAGGUUGUGGAGUAUGAAAAUCUUCCCAAUGUUUGUUUUUCAUAUGGGCGCUUUGGUCACUUAAAAGAAACAUUUUAUGAGACUCAUCAGUCUAAUCAGUGCCAACAUGGUGCUAUCCAAAAUUCUGGCCAUAGCAAUAAAGCGGUGGAAGGUUCCAAUUCAACGCUUCAGAUUGAAGAACAACAUGUUAACAAUGUGAAUUUGUCAGAAUCUAGCCAUUAUAACCCGUGA